GAGGUGGCGGAAGGGGGGUUAUUAAUGCCGGUGAAACCCUUGCCAGCCUCCAGUUUACUUGAUCACCACUGCCCUCCAGGACUGAAGCGGAUAUACUUUCGAGAUCUCGAUGUUGGCAAAGUUAGCCAUGACCGCUAUGUCAAGGGGCGGAUUUGCAAGAGGUUUCCGCUGAUCACAGGGAAUACUAAACUAAUCAAAAUGGUCUUGGAGGAAGAUGAUGCCGGACCUUCAACAGCUGAUGGAAAAGCCAUGAAUGUGUUCAUCUUUGGAAGUCUGGCCCUUGAGAGUGACAAAGCUUUGAAUGAUGGGGACGUGGUGGCCCUGUCGGAGUUCUUAGUGGACAAGUCGCCACACGCAAAAAAAGAUGGGCGACACCGUCUGCAGCUGGAGCUCAGCAAUGACGACUGCUCCUGCAUCUGGACAUCUCCACCCACGUCUUCCACAACACUUACGAAUAAUGCAGACAUUUUGAGUCCGCCGACCAAAAGGAAAACCAAGAAUUCGGAUGUAAGCUACACAUACGUCACCAUCGAUAAGAUUCGAGAGGGCAUGGUAGUGAAUGUCUAUGGUGCUGUCAAGUUCUUCAGGCCUCCGACAUUCACAAACGGCACAGAUCACUUCAUGAUACUGUCGCUGGUGGACCAGAGCGAGCCGGAGCAUGGGCUCCGGUGCAUGAUAUUUGGCCAUCCUGAGCAGCUGCCACAGGUCACACGUGUCGGAGACAUCGUGAGGAUGCACAGGCUCAAGGUCCAGCUAUACCAAGGGGUGCUGCAGGGCAGCAGCAGCCCCGGGUUCUCGACGCUCGUGUUUAGCGGUCAAAUGGGCGCUUCAAUUGAACCGUCCUCCACCACUACAAACUACCACCUCAACCCAGCCGUGGACCACAAAAUCCUGCUGGCGCUCCGUCAGUGGGCGUCCGAGCGCUUUGUGUCACCCUCCUACGGUGUCCGCCUCUUUGAAGUCAAGCCACCCCAGUUCCUGGAUAUUCGGUGUCAACUCGUGGCCAAGGCCGUGGUCGACCACAGGACGACCAUUCUCAAGGUAUGGGAUGGAACGCAAUGCCCUUACCCCGUGCACUGCUUUCCUAUCGACUAUUCUAUCCUGGUGUCAAGGUCGGACUUACUUCAGCGGUCAAGAGGACUGGUCGUGGAUAUUGCCGCCUAUGAUAACCAUGCGAAAACUACAAGGGACCUGCAGCUGGGGUCGUUCCUGGAGAUUUUAAACCUGCACACCUACCUACGGAAGUCAAGGAACAAGUCUGAUACGACCCAGGGCGAGCUGGAGUUCGUUCUACACGGGGGCGGUACCGCCUUCGGCCGUGCCAUCAUCACGCUCCCCAAAGACAGCCCAGAGCUCCUCUCGCUGCAUCGGGCUCUGGAAAAGGUGGCAGAGAAAGCUGCAGAUGCCUUGGUCACAGAUGCUCUGCUAGCAGCAGCAGACGACACGGAUGAAACAACAGAAGAGUGGCAGGGCGAGGCAGUGGAAGGCUUAGUGGGUACACGGGAGGAGCUCAGCGAUGACGACACGGAACCUCGCUGCCUGCAACGUUCGGCCACCGUUCUGACGGCCCACCAUCACAUAAAGGCCGUUGCCCUGAGCACGGUGUUGGCUGCCCCGGUCCCGAAUAAACAUCGCGCCCGCGCCAGGCUCAUCAGCUACCGUCCAGAGUCGCUCUUGCGCAGCAUCAGGCUGCACUGCCCGCGGUGCAACGCCCUCCGGGACAUUCCGAGCCAGGAGGUCAUCUCGUCGGUGCUCAAAGGCCUUGCCACGUGGCCGGAUAACCCGGUGGUGCAGAGGAGUGAGGAGCACGAGUCCAGCUUGUGGAACCACUGCUCCGAGGAGGACGCGGCUGCCUUGGAAGAUGGCUGGACCUGCCGAGAAAGACCCGUCUUCCGCUACGUGCCGUGUGGUGGAAGAACGGGCACUAAGCAGGCAUCUGCUUUGCUCGUGGAAGGCUUUGCAGGCACGGCCGUAACGGAACUGCAAAACCUUUCCGAAGACGUUGGGUGCGUCAUCCCCGUGACGCCGCGGGAUGACGUUCUCACUAUGUGCGAUGACCCAGUUCCUUUUGUCAUCAAAAAGAGUCGGAGUUACUUCAGAUGUCUGGAUUGCAGUCAGCCAAGAGCCGGAAGUCUUUGCGGCUUGGAGAAGUUGAAAUCCUUUGACGUGAACAAGAUCGCUGGAGCUUUGGGAAUACAACCCAUGCGAUAUAUCUUCACUCUGAGAUUCCACCUGCGCGACUCCACGGGCGACAUCGUAGCCUCGCUCGCUGCAGACGAGGCCGAGAUAUUUUUCUGCGGUCUACAAGCAGAGGAGGUGCUUGUGGACCAAGAUUUGCAGCAUCGUCUGGUGGACAUUUUGCACCGGCUGUGUCCUUACGAUGAUAACGCAGAAAACCACCCGUGGCUCGAGUGCUGCCUGAAGUCAUUUUACAGCGGCAACCUGAAAUCCCAGCGGAGAGUGCACUAUCGCAUCUUCAGCUCGACGCUGGGCACAGAUGAGUGACAAAAAUCUCUGCAGAGGCGAUGUUGCGUUGAGGAUAACCCAGCGCUGUGCAUUCCCCCCAACCCACCCCAUUCCCGUGUCUUUCACCUGAUAUUAAAUGGGUCCUGCAAAAGAGCUGGCUGAAGGUGGAGUAUGGUGGGAUCUGAUCGAGACCGGAGUAAAAUGUGUCCCGACUUGUUCUUACUUUCCUGCUCCACGGUGGAUAAUGUAAAUUGUAUAUCGUUUAUACCAAGGGCUUUUGGUACAAUGAAUCAAGUUGCCAGGUCGUCCAUGCAAACAUUGGUUUGUGAAUGGUUAUAUGAAGCAAUCUGAAGUAUUCACUUUGGAAACUUUGGGAAUACAACACUUUUUUUCACCAGGAUAUGGACUGCAAUUUUCCAAAUGUGGUAGUUGUCAUUAACACAGGCACGCCUCACGUAAACGGCAAGAUGCGUUUCGCGAACAUUGCUCGGCAUGCUAAAAUCUGUGAAUGGAUCUGUCGUAUUCCCAUUGACUCACUCCUCUCAUGCUACAAGCCAAGUUACGAUUCGGCCCCAUCAUCUUCCACUCUUGAACAACUUUUUUUAAAAUUAUAUACAAAUGACUAUAAUUUUUUAACAAAGAACAUUAAAUUUAACACCACACAUGAAGAACCACAGUGCAAGGGCCCCCGAUAGCCUGAACAGACUGUUUGGGGCAAGUGCUGUGAGCCGAGUAGCAGCUAUCAAGGCUAGUACUGCACACAUGAGGGGUGGGUGGACAGCACCACGCAUGGCCGCCUUUGUCUCACUCGUGGUGAUGUUUACACACCGCAGCACAGCUGAUAAACAGCUGCGCCUGCGGUGCAUCCCCUGGUGCCACGGGACGCAUUUAUUCAUCGGUCUUCCCGAGAUAAGCGAAUAUUUUGAUAGCUUUUCGAACAAAUAGGUAGAAAUUCAAAUUGCUCGUGAAAUCGAAUUCUCAGAAAAAGAACGCCCGUUAAGCGAGACACGCCUGUAACAAUGUAUUUACAAUAGGUUUUACACUUGUCAAUGUUGUCUAAGAUUUUUUUUUUAAUGUUUACAGAAUGACAGACUUUUGCUGCCCUCUCCUGGUAUCUGUUGAGCCAAUAAUAAAAAAACCCGUCAUGAG